AUGAAUCCAAAAAUAUUGCAAAAAAAAAAAUGGGCAAUUGAACUAUUAAGAGAUGGAGAUAGACAGUUAGAACAUCAACAAGGGUUUGAAGAAGGUGGUAUAUAUGUCCCUAUUCUUAAACAUGCAGAUAAGUGGGCACUUAUUGAUAUUCAUAAUAGUGGAAUGGAUUAUUCAGAGCCAGAACAACAUAAAAAGCAUGAUAUAUAUGUUCUCUGCACUGAAAACUUUGAAUCUGUUCAAUUGAUAUAUCCUGACGGAUCUGAAGAAUCUGUUCAAUUGUUAGGUGAAGAAGAAGAUUUGCUUGGAUAUGAUAUCUCGGACUUUUUAAAUGAUCCAAUGGAAACUGAUUAA